CCCACGGCCAGCCUCUCGUCGCGGGCCCCCGUGAUGCCGUCGUGGUGGAAGCGCUCCAAGUCCACCUUCCACCUCUCCGCCACCACCGCCUCCUCCUCCUCCGCCCCGGCCUCCCCGGCGCGGGCCUCCACCUCGCGCGCGCAGCCGCGACGCACGGGCUCCGACGACGCCGGGGACCUUCUCUUCGGGCGGCCUCACCGCCAGCCGCGCCAGCUCACGCGGCAGCGGAAGCUGCGCCACGUCGACGACCUCGACAAGCUGCUCGCCGACCUCGGCAUCGACGUCACCUCGCCCUCCUCGCCGCCGCACUCAAGGGGGCGCGCCUCCGCGUCUGAUGCCGUUGGGCUCGGACCCCCGAUCUUGAGGUCCUCCAACGCCGCGGAUGGGGUGGUAGCCCCGCCGCCGAGGUCCGCCUCCUCGCCCGUGCUGCACCCCCUGCCGUUACCGUCGCCGAAGCCCCCCACGGAGCUGGAGACCCCGGAGCCGGCGGGGGGCGCAGAAGGCGGGAACGAGAAGCCGUCGUUGCAAAUACCAAGGGUGACAGGCCAAAAGUUUGCCGAGCAUAAUGAUUUAGGCCCAAAUGGGACAAAGCGGCCUACCUCUAGUCACCAAAGAAAGGGACUCCGUGAGAAAUUCCAGGAUAAGAGUUCAGCUGAAACAGCCAACUUCAGAUUGAACAUUCCCGCUAAAAGCGCUCCAAGCAGUGGAUUUUCCAGUCCUGUAGGCAGCCCUCGAAGAUUGAGCAGUGCUGACGUCUCAUCUGCUGCGGCAUAUGCUCAAGGUCCGCAAGUGUGGUCAGCUCCAUCGAUCCACACAAUAGAUUUUCCGGGAGCUCCGUCUCCUCGGACUUCACCUGAAAAUUGUACAGGGUCUUCAGACCUAUCUCACUACUCUGCUGCAUUCAGAAGUCCCCUUCUUAUCCCAAGGAAUACCAGUGCCCCUCCAUCACCACACCCUAAAAGGUUCCCAGAAAACCAAAUUUCACGUGCCGAAGGCAAUGGAAGUGUCAGUUUCCAUCCAUUACCACUUCCUCCUGGCGCUACAAGCCCUAUGCAAACAUCUUUCAGCACCCAGCCUUCUCCAAAAGUUGAAAUGCCCUCAGUGGCUUGUCAGUGGCAAAAAGGAAAACUUCUAGGCAGUGGUACAUUUGGCUGUGUAUAUGAAGCUACCAAUAGGAAUACUGGAGCUCUUUGUGCGAUGAAAGAGGUUAACAUAAUUCCUGAUGAUGCUAAAUCUGUUGAGUCUUUGAAGCAAUUGGACCAGGAAAUAAAGUUCCUAAGUCAAUUUAAGCAUGAAAACAUAGUUCAGUAUUAUGGCAGUGACACUAUUGAAGACCGCUUCUACAUUUACCUGGAAUAUGUACAUCCGGGUUCGAUUAAUAAGUAUGUCAAACAACAUUAUGGAGCAAUAACAGAAUCAGUUGUCCGAAACUUCACCCGCCAUAUUCUUAGAGGUCUAGCGUUUUUGCAUGGCCAAAAGAUUAUGCACAGGGAUAUCAAAGGAGCAAAUCUGCUAGUUGAUAUUAAUGGUGUAGUGAAAUUGGCCGACUUUGGAAUGGCCAAGCAUUUAAGUACUGCAGCCCCUAAUCUUUCAUUGAAGGGAACACCAUACUGGAUGGCCCCAGAGAUGGUUCAGGCUACUCUAUCUAAAGAUGUAGGCUAUGAUCUUGCUGUUGAUAUCUGGAGUCUUGGUUGCACCAUCAUUGAGAUGUUCGAUGGGAAACCUCCUUGGAGUGAUCUUGAAGGGCCAGCUGCAAUGUUUAAGGUUUUGCAUAAAGACCCACCAAUUCCUGAGAAUUUAUCCCAAGAGGGAAAAGGUUUUCUGCAAUUGUGUUUCAAGAGGAAUCCUGCGGAGAGGCCAACCGCAACCGAGCUGUUGGACCAUCCAUUUAUCCGGAAUUCAAGUCAUUACAGCAAACAUGGUUCCAUACAUGCCUUUGCGGGAAUUAAAGUCCAUGAUAACGGAUACGGCUUCAGAGACAAACCAUCCUCGAGGAGUGAACCAUAUGUGAAAGGAAAGAACACUGUUGGUGAACCAAACAAUGCUAGGCCAUUUGAAUCAUCCACUUUUCGACUGACGCCACUAACAAUCCAGGAAGUAACACCUAAUUUUCCACCUCAACCAUUAGCUUUAGCCUCCAAUCAUGGUUCUUUCGCCAUCUCAACGAACCCCAUGCAUUUUCCGAUGGCAAACCCUCAGCCUAGUCCACUGCCAAGGCCCAAUGGAAAGCAGGUUCUGCUCUAAACACAUAGAGUGCUGGGUGCAGUGAGUAAUGCCGCUUAUAUCUGGGAUCUUGUUCAGGGGUACAGCUCCUUUGGGUAGUAUCAAAUGAAGACAUGAUUAACACAUAAUAGAGAAAGAAUAAGAAGACGAGAGAAGGAAAUGAAACCUGGCUCUGCUAGGAUUGUACCUUAUAAGGAUAAGCUGUACUGCAUCUCUGAGGAUCCCUUCUUGCAACAACAGUCAUCAAUAUUUUGCAGCCGCCAUCUUAACUUUUAAGAAUAGAGCAGCGGUUGCACUUGCACCAUAUGAUUGCCCACAGUUUAUUGGGUUCUUGUAAAAUAGCGACGACUAGAUGUUCAUUGAACUGUGAAGACUCAGAGUAUGAUGACAACUGAAUGCUGCUGAAGGAGUGAGAUCCAUGACAGCAUGGGUGCUCUAUCUUCCAGGGAAAUAUUGCUGGCAUUUAUCAUGUAACAUAGAAUUAGGUUAGAUGUAGAUAAAGUUGAAAGUUCCCAUUCUCUCUCCAACCAGUAGGGAAUCAGGUGUAGUUCUUGAUGUUGCCAUGUAAUAAUCUUUUUGUUGUGUCAUUGAUUGUUUAUUUGGCCACAAAUAACAGCACCUCAAUGGGUUGUAUGGAACCGGGUUUUUUUUUUCUGUUCAGAAAGGUUGAUUCGAGCUCCUGUAACAUAGGCAUAUUGUAAACAUUAUUCCUUUAAUUCUAUUGGAGGUAAAUUGCCAUA